AACAACAGGGAGUUUGUCCUGCAAAUGAUUUUUUAAUAUAUGCCAUUUCAAUGGUUGGUAGAUGGUUUUUGUAUUUGUUUUGGUCCAGCUACAUAUAGCAUAAACUGCACAUUUAAUUACUACAUCAGGAUUAAGUUAAGACUAACAUUUCCCACACCAGUUUGUGAGAAAGGAGGAUGAGGCAAGAUGGGAAGGUGAAAGAAUUACCUUAGGACAAAUUACUACCUAGGUUCUCACAAAAAUAUGGGUGAGGUUUUGUUUUCAGGUUGGCUCCUGCAGCUUCCUGAUCAGAAGCAGUGAAACAGGCUUUAGUGGUCUGCAACCCAUGGACAUAUUUGGAUCAUUUGUGCCUGGAAAAAUGACCAGCCAGGUCUAUUGUAUAAUGCUGCCAGGGGCAAGUAAUUAAUUCUUUGUUGCUCUAGGAGAAUCCAGCAGUGCCUUGGAUGUCUCUCUAGUCUUUCUGAAGAGCAUCCUGCUCAUAUACUUGAUUUAGCAGAAUAACACAUCUUUCUCAAUAACAGUAAUGUCAGCAAAAGAGACAAGGCAGAAACUCAGUCUGUGCUUGCCUGCUGCUACUAUAAAAAAAGCAGACUUACUUAGGAAAACUGACUGUAUUUCAAUUGCCCAGAAAUACUGCCCAGAGUCAGUUGAUAGGGUUGCACAGGGAGCAUGAGCACAAGAACAGCAAACCCUGCUGAAGGGAUGUGAGUUUUAAGAGAAAAAAAGUGAUUCCAAUGCUUCAAAAUUUGCAGAUCAGAGCUGUCCCACCUGUCUGUGACCUCCUGAGUGUUCUGAAAAGAGAGGAAGAAAACUGUGCUGAGACUCUCUCCCUGGAGGCAAAGAACAGAACUACAGAAAAUGAUCUGCUCCUGAGCUCAGGCAGAUGUGCUGGAAUGUGGGAUAACAUGAGCUGCUGGCCUUCAUCCCCCGUGGGACAGACUGUCAAUGCUCAGUGCCCUGAAUUCUUCCAGAUGCUGACUGGGAAAAAAGGUUUUGUGUACAGAAACUGUACAAGUGAAGGUUGGUCUGACCCAUACCCAAGACCUGAUAUCGCUUGUGGCUACAACGUCAAUGACACAACGAAUGAGGCAAGACGCUCCUAUUUCAUGACUCUGAAGACCAUGUACACCAUUGGAUACUGCACCUCCCUCGUGACGCUGAUGAUAGCCUUAGCGGUCCUGAUCUCUUUUAGAAGACUUCACUGUACGAGGAACUACAUCCACAUGCACCUCUUCACAUCAUUCAUUUUGCGAGCCUCAUCCAACUUCAUCAAGGAUGCCGUCUUGUUUUCCUCUGAAGACAUAAAUUACUGUGGAGCAUACAUGGUUGGGUGUAAGCUCACCAUGGUCUUCUUUCAGUACUGCAUCAUGUCUAACUACAGCUGGCUACUCGUGGAGGGACUGUACCUCCACACUCUCCUGGUUAUUUCCUUCUUCUCAGAAAGGAAGUUCCUCUGGUGGUUCAUCGCUCUCGGAUGGGGUGCUCCAUCUGUAUUUGUGGCUGCAUGGGCAACUGCUAGGCAACUCCAUGAAAAUAUUGGGUGUUGGGACAUCAACACUAAUGCCAAUACCUGGUGGAUCAUUAGAGGCCCUGUAGUUUUGUCUAUUUUUAUUAAUUUCAUUAUUUUUGUCAACAUUUUAAGAAUCUUGAUGAGGAAGCUCAGCUCACCUGAAGGACGGAGCAGUGAUUUCAACCAAUACAAGAGGCUUGCAAAGUCAACACUCCUCCUCAUCCCUCUCUUUGGGGUCCACUACAUAAUCUUUGCCUUUUUCCCUGAAGAUGCAAGCAGCGGCACAAUGGAAAUUCAGCUAUUUUUCGAAUUGGCUCUUGGAUCAUUCCAGGGCUUUGUUGUGGCUGUACUUUAUUGUUUUCUUAAUGGUGAGGUUCAGCUGGAAGUUCAGAGAAAAUGGAGGCAGUGGCAUUUAAGCAAACACUUGCGUCGGCAUCUCAGCACCUCAGCGAGUAACGGAGGAAAUGGCUUAACUCAAGAGAUGCAGAUGGUGAGGUCAAGUCCACCAGGGCACAGAAGAGCAACACUCCAAAGAUUGAGCAUGAUUUAACGCUGUAUGCCUGGAGGAUACCUCCAUGCUCAGAUACACAUGGCUAAGUUCCACGGACUGCACUGGGAGUCUUAUGUAUGUAUCCAAAAGUGGGACUUGGCUGUAGAUCAAUGGUUCUUGAAGCACAUCUGUUCAUUUAUAUCCUGUGUAGCAUAUUAGUUAUUUUGCAAGGCAAACCAAGCCAAAACAUGAUGCCUUUCAUUGGGCUUCUGGCCACAGUCAUUUUUGUUUCUUUCCACACCAAUAUUUUUCAGCUAUUUCUAUUUUAAAGUGACUUUUCAUUUUCCACGAGGCUGUCCAUGUUCCAGGCUAAGCCAGGCUAG